UUUGCUACUGCGCUGACUCAAGCCACUUCAGUCUCUGUUUGCUGUUACAGAGUUCAGAGCACCUACAGUUUAUUCCAAUGUCUUCAGAUCAGGAGGCCUGCUAUCUUUGCAAGGAAUAUCUCCGGGACCCAGUGACUAUACCGUGUGGACACACUUUCUGCUCCAUUUGUCUAAAGACUUAUUGGGACCACGCUGACCACAGUGGCACAUACAUUUGCCCUCAGUGCAGAGUCACCUACAACAAGAGGCCUACUCCGAGAAGAGUCUCAAGCUCCAGCUCCAGCUCCAGAUACAGCAGCAUGCAGCGUAAUGAGUCCUACCCACCGCCUCCUCCGUCUCCGGACUACAACUACGCCGGACCCCAGGAUGUCGGUUGUGACAUCUGUAUUGGCAAGAAGCACAAAGCCGUUAAGACCUGCCUGAUGUGCCUGGCAUCCUACUGCGACAGACAUCUCAAGCCUCACUUUGAGUCGGCCACAUUCAAAAGGCAUAAACUGGUGGACGAGAUCGGGCACUUGGACCGUCAGAUCUGUCCCCAGCAUCAGAAGGGUCUGGAGCUGUUCUGCCGCACCGACCAGAUGUGCAUCUGUGUGCUGUGCACGGUCAAGGAGCAUAAAGGCCACGACAUGGUGUCUGCUGAGCAGGAGAGGGCUGAGGAACAGCAACGAUUGGGCGCUACCCAGGCCGAGAUCCAAGAGAAGAUUCAUGAUCGUCUGAAGCAAAUGGAACAACUUAAACAGGCUGUGGACUCACUUAAGAACUCAGCCCAGCAAGCACUGCAAGAAUGUGAGAAGAUGUUUAGUGACAUGUUGCGCUCAAUUGAAAGAAUGCAGCAGGAAAUGGCCAAACUGAUUUCAUCCAAUAAGAGAGCAGCACUGAACAAUGCAGAGGGCCACAUGGAGAGAUUAACCCAUGAGAUUGCAGAUCUGAAGAGGAGGGACAACGAAAUUACCCAGCUGUCCAAAACUGAGGAUCACAUUCACUUUAUCCAGUCCUACCACAUGCUGAUAGCACAAACAGAAGCUGAGGAAUUGCCUACAGUGACCGUCAACCCCUAUUUCACCUUUGGCCCAGUCACAAAGGCUGUCUCAGAGAUGAAGCAACACCUGAAUGAAUUUGGAAAUGAUGAACUGGUCAAAGUGGCAAAAACAGUGAACAAAAUGACCUUCUGUGAACUCGACGAUGUCAAAAAGAAAAAAUCCCUAAAAGCUGAGGGCGUAAGAGCUGAAGAAGCCGCCAUGUACAAGUCUGUGCCAGUGCCAGUGCAAGAGCCUCACUACAGGGAUGACUUUUUAAGAUAUGCCUGUGAGCUCAGUCUGGACCAAAACACAGCCUACAGACAGCUCUACUUAUCCAAAGGCAACAAAAAGGCCACCCUAAAGAAUGACCCCCAGGACUACCCUGACAGCGCUGCCAGGUUUGACUCACUGCCCCAGGUCCUAUGCAGGGAACCUCUCGCUGGUGGGGCCUUCUACUGGGAGGUGGACUGGAGCGGAGAGGGUGCAGCCAUCGGAAUCACCUACAAAGGCAUCAAGAGGACGGGCUAUGGAGACAACUGUCGCAUUGGCUACAACCGCAAAUCCUGGAGCCUCUUCUGCUCUGACACCAGCUACUCAGCCCGCCACAACAAAGAUCAGCUGGAGCUCCACGCACCUUACUCGUCCCGUAUCGGUGUGUUCUUGGACCAUGUGGGGGGUACUCUGUCCUUCUAUACUGUAGGUGACACCAUGUCUCUCAUUCACCGCUUCAAGGCCACCUUCAGUGAGCCAGUCUAUGUAGGCUUUUGGGUUUGGUACGGCUCGGCUAUUAGAAUCCUCCAACUGUAAAGCAACAACAACUUAUAUAACAUGUGACAUGCUUUUUACAUAUGACCCUACAUACAGAACAAAAAAAAUAUUUUUCUCUGAAAAUGAAGUAUAUUAAUUAGAUAGCAAUAUAUAUGGUUUUGAUUCUUUUAAUUUAAAACGAAAUGUGCUGUAAAUAUAAAAUGCUUUUUGAUCACUGUACUUUUUAAUGAAUAAAGUGUACACC